UCUUGAAAUUCGCAGACCGCAUCAUCUCACUCACAGCUUUCAUUCUUACGAGCGGUACAUCGCCAGCGAUCCACCCUAUACGACCAAGAUGGCCGCCCUCCACGUCCUCGCCAACGGGCACAGUAACGGAGACCGAACAACAUACGAGGAUCCCGCGAGCGCUUUGCAACUCUUGAAGACUUACCACAGCCGAGAUGGCAUCUCCAUCGAAGAUCUCAUGGACGAGGCGAAGACUGGCGGGCUCACAUACAAUGACUUCCUGCUACUCCCCGGCUACAUCGGCUUCCCGGCGAGCGUCGUGGACCUCACGUCCAAGUUGACGCGCAAAAUCUCCCUCAAGACACCCUUCACUUCCUCGCCCAUGGACACCGUCACCGAGGCCAACAUGGCCAUCCAUAUGGCUCUUCUCGGCGGUGUGGGCGUGAUUCAUCACAACUGCAGUAUUGAAGAGCAAGCAGAGAUGAUCAGGAAGGUGAAGAGAUUCGAGAACGGAUUCAUCCUCGAUCCCAUCGUCAUCAGCCCACGAACUACAGUUGGAGAGGCGCGAGCAUUGAAGGAGCGGUGGGGUUUCGGCGGGUUCCCCGUCACUGAGAAGGGCACACUCCGCAGCAAACUGGUCGGCAUCGUCACCCCACGCGAUCUCCAAUUCCAUCAUGACCACAACUCGCCCGUCACCGAAGUCAUGAGCACCGAUCUCGUCACCGCACGGGAAGGCGUGAGCUUGAACGAAGCCAACAAUAUCCUGAGACAGUCGAAGAAAGGCAAACUGCCCAUCGUCGACGCACACGACAACCUCGUCUCCCUCCUCAGCCGAAGCGAUCUUAUGAAGAACCUCCAUUACCCUCUCGCCUCCAAAGUCCCCGGUACCAAACAACUACUGUCCUCGGCCGCCAUCGGCACGCGUGAGGCAGACAAAGAGCGACUGCAAGCGCUCGUCGAGGCAGGCCUGGACAUUGUCAUCCUCGAUAGCAGCCAAGGCAACUCCACCUAUCAACUCGCCAUGGUCCAAUGGAUCAAAGCCACCUUCCCCGAUCUCCAAGUCAUCGGCGGCAACGUCGUCACCCGCGACCAAGCCGCCUCUCUCAUCGCCGCCGGCGUCGACGGCCUCCGCAUCGGCAUGGGCGCCGGCUCAGCCUGCAUCACACAAGAAGUCAUGGCCGUCGGCCGACCGCAAGCAACCUCCGUCUACCGAGUAGCCGAGUUCGCCGCCCGCUUCGGCGUGCCCUGCAUCGCCGACGGCGGCAUCCAAAACGUCGGCCACAUUGUCAAAGCGCUCGCCCUCGGCGCAAGCACAAUCAUGAUGGGCGGCCUCCUCGCCGCCACCACCGAAUCGCCCGGCGCCUACGUCGUGGGCCCCGACGGCCAGCUCCGCAAAACCUACCGCGGCAUGGGCUCCAUCGACGCAAUGGAGGACAAGAAAGCCUCCGGCUCGACCAGCGCGUCCAAAUCGGCCAACACGGCGCAGAACGCGGGCACCGCGCGCUACUUCUCCGAAGGCGACAAGUUGCUCGUGGCGCAGGGCGUGAGCGGCUCCGUGCUCGACCGCGGUAGCGUGACCAAGUUCCUGCCGUACUUGAUGGCUGGCAUCCAGCAUAGCUUGCAGGACGUGGGCGUGCAGAGUUUGGAUGCGCUGCGGGAUGGUGUGAAGGAGGGGACUGUGCGGUUUGAGUUCCGCACGGCGAGCGCGCAGGCGGAGGGCAAUGUGGUGGGCAUGUUGGGGGUGGAGAAGAAGCUUUACAGCUGAGCGAUGCGGUCGGACAGUUUAUGAGUGUUUUAUAUGGCGGGUACUCUGUAUGUGCGUGUUUUUGGCAGCGUUGGCUAAGGGUUAGGGUUGGGGUAAGCUCUUGGGUACGGAUGAACGAAUUCGAGUAAUUGUGCACAACGAAGCAAUGCGAACGAUUGUCGACGUUCCUGCACUGUGUAAAUUAGUAGCGGG